GUCAACGGCGGCUUGUGAGUGGCCAGAAGUAGCGCCACCGUAACCUCGUGCCGCAUCCGGUCCGAGCUGAUUACCUCAGCACUUAACGUGUCACGCAAAACCUCCCACUUCGUGACUCGUCACUUUCAAACGUCCACCAACUCACACACACCUGUCGCCACCCACCCCGUCGCAUCCCCUCAACAUGGCGGCGUACGAAAUCGAAGCCCCGGACGUGCAGGAGGCCGCAGACUCCAAGAAGAUCAGCUUCCGCUUCUGUCGAGAGUGUUCCAACAUGCUCUACCCGAAAGAAGAUCGCCUCAACAACACGCUCAUGUUCGCCUGCCGCACAUGCACCUUCAGCGAGCCGGCGGGCGCGUCGUGCAUCUACCGCAACUCGCUCAAAGAGACCAUCGCCGAGACGCCGGGCAACGUGCAGGACGUCGCUCAAGAUCCUACGCUCCCGCACGCCGAAGUCGAAUGCAACAAGUGCCAUGCUCGCGAUGCCGUCUUCUUCCAGAGCCAACAGCGCACGGCGGAAACUGGAAUGGCGCUGUUUUACGUUUGCUGCGAAUGCCAAAAUGUGUGGUCGACGCUGCAAGACAAGAAAGAAUAGGAUCGCUUGCUUUGCGCAUCUCCUACAGAUUCCAAAAUCCUCGAGGUCGGGCGGCCGUCGGACGCUGAGAGUACGGCGCGCAACGAUCUCCUCGAGCAGGACUGGCUCGUCAAUGUUUGACAAGGUGAUUGCCCGGUUUUUAGCGUGGUGCUGGGGCGCUAUGGUACAGA